AUGAAAUUAGGUGGCAUAGAUGACAGACAACUGGAAGCCCUGAAAAAAGCGGCACUAAAUGCGUGCAAACUCUCCUAUAGCCCCUACUCCCACUUCCGUGUUGGCUGCUCCAUAAUGGCAAACGACGACCUUAUUUUCACUGGUGCCAAUAUCGAGAAUGCAAGCUACAGUAAUUGCAUCUGUGCAGAACGGUCUGCUAUGAUACAGGUCCUGAUGGCAGGCUACCGCACUGGCUGGAAAUGCAUGGUCAUAUGUGGAGAUUCUGAAGAAGAGUGCGUGUCACCCUGCGGUGUGUGCAGACAGUUUAUCAAUGAGUUUGUGAACAAGGAUUUCCCGAUCGUCAUGUUGAAUUCUACAGGAUCCCGUUCUAAAGUUAUGACAAUGGGGGAGCUGCUGCCCAUGGCUUUUGGCCCUUCUCACUUAGGCUAG